UAAUUGGUCAGCUCAAAACCAAGAGGGCAAAGUUUUGGUCAGGCUCAAAGAUUUCUAUGAAACUGGGAUAUUUUGCUAUCUCCACCAUGAUAACAUUUUCACACGACGUAGUAUUACUAUUAUUACAGUCUAUUCCCCCUGCAACCAACUUUUUCUCCAAACGAAGAGGGAAAAUCGAAACUGCUGAUUCACAGUCACAUCAAGCAAACAAAUAUGCUGAGAAGAAGAGUCACAUCCCUUCUCUCCACCACCAUUCGCAGCUCCUCAAUUCGCACUAAACCUACUCUCUCACCCUCACCAAUCUCAUUCCAAUCCCUCCAUUUCCUUCAAUGCCCAAACCCUAACCCUAGCAUUAGCAAUGCCAAAGGGUUUGGCUUUCAGCCUCAGGGAAUGAGAGCGUACAGUCUGCUGAGCUUGAACGAUCUGAGAGGCAAGGUGCCCAGGAAGCAGAAGACGAGGAAAGGCCGUGGGAUUGGGUCUGGUAAAGGCAAGACUGCUGGUCGAGGCCACAAGGGUCAGAAGGCUAGAGGCUCCGGGAAGUUGGGGUUUGAAGGUGGGCAGACGCCACUGCGACGUCGUUUGCCCAAGCGUGGGUUUAAGAACCCCUUUAGCCUUACUUUUCAGCCAGUAGGAUUAGGAAAAAUUGCCAAACUUAUAAACGCAGGAAAGAUUGAUUCGUCUGAGUUGAUUACAAUGAAAACACUCAAGGAUACAGGGGCAAUAGGGAAGCAGAUUAAAGAUGGAGUCCGAUUGAUGGGACGUGGUGCUGAACAGAUCCAGUGGCCGAUUCAUUUUGAGGUAUCGCGUGUCACUGUGAGGGCAAAGGAAGCCGUUGAAGCUGCAGGUGGGUCUGUCAGAAGAGUGUAUUACAACAAGUUGGGCUUUCGAGCAUUGCUGAAACCUGAGUGGUUUGAAAAGAAAGGCAGGUUAUUGCCAAAGGCAGCGAGACCUUCCCUAAAACAGAAGGACAAAGUCGAUAGCAUCGGCCGCUUGCCUGCCCCAACCAAACCUAUUCCUUUUUUCACUGAAGAGGAGGUGGCCUCCAGUUCAUCCACUUGACAAAAAGGGAUUCUUUUUAGGAUAUUUGUACUUUUACAACGAGUUCCUUCACCUGUUUUGGAUGAACUGUUCUCUUUCUUAAGAAACAGUAAUUUUGUUACAAGGCAAAAUGAUCUGGAGGGAUAAAUGGAAUGAGUAAAGCUUUUCAUGUUGCCUCAGGCUUAGGAUCAGCCUAUUUCAGACUUCUGCACUUUCUUGUUCUCUAGAAAAUGAACUUGAUCAUCAGAUGCUUUGACAUGGUUUAACAAUUUUACUUGAA